ACUGUUUCACCCAAUAAAUUGACCCAAAAACCAAGAAGAUGAAGAAACCUUCAACUUUGCCAACACUUGCAACAAAACAUUGACUUCUCGAAUCCUAAGACAACCGACUGAGUCCAACCUAAGAAAUCCCAAAAGAAAAAAAAUGUGACACAAAUUGCCACAACCAACAUAAUCACAUCUGAAACGUGUCAAGCCAAUAGUACAAAAAAAAAAUGUACCACAAAAACUGCUACACAAACUACAAACCGUUCGUACCAAGAUUCCAAUCUGACCAAAUCAGAUUCUUAUUCACUGUGCAAAUUGAAAAACCCUCUUGUUGCUUUCUUUCCUUGUACAAAAUAUAUGCCUAAUCUCGCAUAUUUACAUUUAGGUCCCAAGAUAUUAUUCUGCCACUGAUUUGGGUGUGCAAUAGUGGUGAGAGUUCACUGUCUUGCAAUGAAUCCUUUGACGGGGAAAUUUUCUUGCUCCCAAGUCUCCUUCUUCUCCUUAUAACGUGGUUUAAAAUCUUGUGAAAGUGAGAGCAAAAUCUUAGUGGUGGAGUGGGUUUGGUUUAGCAUUGAUGGGUUCUAGAAACCUUGUUAUGGUCAAAACUCACAUUGGUUCAAUCAAUGUGUCUUUUGCUAAUGGUUUUGUCUAUGAAAACGUGCUUUGGGCAUUGCCUUCUCUUUGUGUUUUCUUCUGCAGCUAUGUGCUGUAUUCCUUGGGGUUGAUUCUCAGAUACAUCUUCAGAUUUCAUGUAGAAGAUAGGAAAAGUGAGCACCUUGUUCCACAUGAUCUGCUUGAUCAAACCAAGAGAUAUCGGAUUGAAGAUUCUAAGGUUGAUGGGUUCGCAGAGGAGUUAGCAAAUUUGUUUUCUGUUUUAAAGGAACUAGAAGAAGAAAUAGAGUUCUCUGUUUUAGAGGAGAAAGACUCUGAUAUGCAUGAAGAUAGUAACGAAAGAGAAGGAGAAGCAUGCGAGUCUGUUUUCUUGGAGACUGUUGCAUAUGUUCAUGAAGAUGUUAAGAAAAUUGGUGAAAAUGAAACAGAGAGCUUUGUUUUCAUGGAGGAUGAUUCCAAUACUCCUCAAGAUAAUAAGGAGAAAGUAGAAGAAGAAAAAACAGAAGAGUCUUUCUUCACAGAUACUGACUCUGUUGAAGCUAGUAGUUUGGUAGAAGAACCAAGGAUCUUGACCUUCUCUUUCCAACAAAAUUAUAUAGCUGCAAAUGAUUCUGAUAAUAUAUUUUCCAGAACUGAAAAUAUUGCUAAAAUGGAAUUUCCAGAGAAGAAUUUGGAGAAAGCCCUUGUUGCUCAAGAAGAGAAAGAGCAAUUUGUUCAAGAUGAGAGAAGCAUCACAUCCAAUUCCACUUUCGGUCAAAUCUUUCAAAUUAAUGCGGUCGGUGGAAGUGAUUCAUCAAAUGAUGACCACCUUCAACACGAUAACACACUUCAAUAUGAUUUUGGGUCAGAAUCAUGCAGCAGCGGCAUUGAUGAUUCGGUAAGUCAUAAAGAUGAAAGAGUUGAAGACGGAGAGGAAACUCAAUAUUCAUGGGACAGUGAAGUCUCAUACAAUCACAAUUUUCAUCUUGAUGAAAACAAGGAUGUAAUGGAAGGUUCUUCAUAUUGUGGAGAAGAGGAAUGCAGGGGAAGCAUGGAGAAAACAAAAGAAACCAUGUGGGAAGAUAACUUGGAUGAAUCAGAUUUUGAUGAAGAAGAGGAUGAUUUUGAGUGGGAGCAUGAUGAGGUACUGGAACAAUUGAAAAUGGAGCUUAAAAACGCAAGACAAGGAGGGCUUGCCACUAUUUUGGAAGAGGAAGAAGAAGAGGAAACAGAGUCUCCAAAAGUUGUUGAGGAUCGAAAGCCAUUGAAGAUUGAAGAGAAGAAAGAAUUCAAGGAUCACAUUGUUGAAAUUCAAAAGGUUUAUCGGUGCUAUGCAGAGAAAAUCAGGAAACUGGACGUUUUGAAUUACCAGACCAUGCAUGCAAUAGGGCUUCUUGAACUAAAAGACCCUCUAAAAUUAAUGUUAAUCCCAAAAUCAACCGUCCAAAGUGCCAAGCCUCUAUCUCAGAAUUUGUGGCCACGGAAAGCACAAAAGCAAAUAUCUGACCCAAUGUUGAAGUUUGUUCAAGAACUCCAUGGAGAUUUGGAAUUGGUGUACGUUGGUCAGGUUUGCCUCUCAUGGGAGAUCCUGUGUUGGCAGCACAAGAGAGUUCAAGUGUUAAAACAAUGUGAUUCACAAUGGCCUCGUAGCUAUAAUCUUGUGGCGGGUGAUUUUCAACUCUUUCAAGUCCUCAUGCAACGGUUUUUGGAGGAUGAACCAUUUCAAGGCCCAAGGAUUCGGAAUUAUGUCAAGAACCGUUGUCUUAUUCGCAACUUGCUCCAAGUUCCAGUCAUUAAAGAUGAUAAUACAAAGGACAAGAAAAUAAUUAAGUUGGGUGAAGAGCAUGCAAUUGAUAGUGAAAGGUUGGAACAGAUCAUCAAAGAGUCCAUGCGGGUGUUCUGGGAAUUUGUCAGAGCAGAUAAAGAUUAUGGGAAUGUAAUCAAAGUUUUUCAUCAAACAGGAAUUCAUGUCAAGGACCCAGCAAUUUCAGAUCUUCUUGGGAAUGUCCGAACCCAAUUGCAAAAGAAGGAGAGAAAGCUCAAGGACACGGUGAGGAGUGGGAAUUGCAUAGUGAGGAAGUUCCUAAAGCACAAUGAGGAACAAAUUCAACUUGAUCAAGAGCAGUUGCUUGCUCAAGUGGGAUUGAGAUUGGUCUCAAGGGUGAUGCACAUGAAAAAAUUGAGAAAAGAUCAACUAAUGUGGUGUAAUGAAAAGUUGAACCGAAUCAAAUUCGAUGGCAGGAAGGUCCAGGUGGAGCCUUCUUUUUUGUUUUUUCCUUGUUGAUUGAUUCAUCUGGACCUGCCACAGUAUAGGAUGUAGAGAUACUUGUUUCGGCAGAAAACUGAAUAGUAGCAUACACAAACUGCACUCAAUAUUACAAAAUCUUAGUGUAUAUGCACACCGUUAUAGAUCAUUAGACUAAAGUUGACAAAUUGAUGGACUAUUAAAUCUAAUUUUGGGAUCAAAUUUGUUUC